GAUUCGUCAACCACCGAGGCACGAUGGGAACUCCCUAGAAAUUACAUUUGAAAAGUCCCUGCCUUCACGGAACUUAUGUUGUAAAAGGGAAUGAGAGGAAAACAACAUGUGUAUUGUAUUUGGUAUAUUAGGUGAUUAACACACACCAGGCCCUCAAGUCACUGUUGCUUCAGUGACACCCAACUGUCCCCUUGCCCCUAAAUGGUCUCGCCUAAUCCCUCCCUACCCACCCCCUGUGGUGUUUUUCAUCUCUUCCCACUUGCAGGGCCUGCUCUCCGCAUCUCUUCUUCGAGCUGCCCGCUGGGGGCAUGGCGCUGCCAACAAAGCCUGGCAUGUUUGAUCUGGGCCUGGGCACCUGGAGCCCUAGCUCCCAGGAGCAGAAGCACAAGGCUCGGGCACCCUCCCGGGGGGUGGGCAAGCAGCUGCCCGAGUACAAGGCGGUGGUGGUGGGUGCGAGUGGUGUAGGCAAGAGCGCAUUGACCAUCCAGCUGAACCACCAGUGCUUCGUGGAAGAUCACGACCCCACCAUCCAGGAUUCCUACUGGAAGGAGAUGGCCCUGGACCACGGAGGCUGCAUUCUGAACGUGCUGGAUACGGCAGGACAGGCCACCCAUCGGGCCCUGCGUGACCAGUGUGUGGCGAUUGGAGAUGGUGUGCUGGGUGUCUUUGCCCUCGACGACCUCUCAUCUCUAGCCCAGCUGCAGCAGAUGCGGGCCACCUGGGGCCCUCACCACACCCAGCCCCUCGUCCUUGUGGGCAACAAGUGCGACCUAGUGACCACCACCGGAGAUGCGCAUGCCGCUGCUGCAGCCCUUGCCAAGAGCUGGGGGGCCCCUUUCGUGGAGACCUCAGCCAAGACACGCCAAGGUGUGGAGGAGGCCUUUUCCCUGCUCAUCCAUGAGAUCCAAAGGUUCCGGGAGGCCAUGGCCAAGGAGGCCAUGGCAGGGCCAGGUGGGGAUAAAGCCCGGCACCAGAAAGCCAUGUGCCGCUGUGGCUGCUCCGUGGCCUGAAGAUCUUGACCUAGAAAAGCAGACCCUCCCCCAGACUAGGGUGGCGGUUCCUUCACCUGUGACCCCCCCCCCAGCAACUAGCCAUGUGGGACACUGUUGGUGUACUGGGGAUAGAUGGACCCCUCUCCUAGGGAGAUUUUCUUUUGGUGAUGGGCUUUUUGGCAAUGUGGGGCGUAGUGUUGGUUGUGUCAAGUUGAGAGAUUUGGUGCAAAAUUAAAUAAAUGGUGUUCUCAGUUUUCAAA